AUGCCGCCCAAGAAGGACGCGAAGGCUUCGGCCAAGCAGCCUCAGAAAACACAAAAGAAGAAGGAAGGAUCUGGCGGCGGCAAAGCCAAGAAGAAGAAGUGGUCCAAAGGAAAAGUUCGUGACAAGUUAAACAAUCAAGUGUUGUUUGACAAACCAACUUAUGAAAAGCUGUACAAAGAAGUACCUCAAUACAAAUUAAUCACACCUGCAGUUGUUUCUGAGAGAUUAAAGGUUAGAGGCUCACUCGCCAGGAGGGCUUUGAUCGAGCUCAGAGAAAAAGGUUUAAUAAAGCAGGUAGUGCAACACCAUGGACAAGUCAUCUACACACGAGCAACUAAGGGUGAUGACCCUGUAGCUUAA